AUGCGCGCAGCCGACAACCCCGACGUGGCCAAAGUCUGCCAUGCGAUCAAGACACUGUCAUCGGUUGACCAAGCUUUGGCAAGCCGGUUAGCGAAAAAUGCACACGGCAAAACCCAGGGAGGCCCGCCGCUCCCCUGGCCACCACUCCCACACGACCUUCUCGGGGUGGACAUCCUGGCGCCCCCCUUCUCGUCCCACCCGGCGGAGAACAAUUAUGUGGCGUGGCAGGAGACUUUGGAGACCACUACAGCGGCGGCCCUUGAAUACUGGCUGCGGCCGGGCGUGGGCGACAAGGAGAUCCACGACGCAGCCGAAAUUGCAUCCCUCUGCCUUCGACGCCCGGAGCUGCUCCUCGCUUACCGUGGCGUGGUCCGCAGUCUGACGGAGGGCUGGCUGCCCUGGACUCACACCGUCACCCGGGACAGCAAAACGCGGUGGAUGGUGUUGGGAGACGUCUGCGGCUGGGUGGGACAGGGGGAGGUCGGCUCGGAUGGUUCAGGUUUGGGGAUGUGA